UUGACGUGCACCGACUGUAUCUUGAACGUAACAACACUCAAGUCUCAAGAUGUCUACCUUUGGGGAUUAUUUCCGGGUCACCACAUAUGGGGAGUCGCAUUGCCGGUCGGUGGGGUGUAUCGUCGAUGGCGUCCCUCCAGGAAUGGAGCUCACCGAAGACGAUAUCCAGCCCCAGAUGACGCGGAGGAGGCCGGGCCAGAGCGCAUUGACAACACCAAGAGACGAGAAGGACAAGGUGGAGAUUCAAUCCGGCACCGAAUUUGGCAUCACUCUGGGCACUCCAAUCGCAAUGAUCGUCCGAAACCAAGAUCAGCGACCCAAGGAUUACGGAAAUUCUACCAUGGACCUCUACCCCCGACCGAGCCAUGCGGAUUGGACAUACUUGGAGAAAUACGGGGUGAAGGCAAGCAGUGGAGGUGGACGGAGCAGUGCCCGAGAGACAAUUGGACGGGUCGCGGCCGGUGCAAUCGCAGAGAAAUACCUCAAGCUAGCAUACGGCAUUGAGAUCGUUGCAUUUGUAUCUUCAGUUGGCAAGAUACACAUGUUCCCUCCUAGUGCAACACACCCAACGCCGUCUACAAACCCUGCCUUCCUGUCUCUCCUAGAUACGAUCACAAGAGAAAAGGUCGAUGAGUUCGUGCCAGUACGAUGUCCAGACGCCGCAUCUUCUGCAAAGAUGGCCGAAGAAAUAGCAGAGUUCAGGGAUAGACAAGACAGCAUUGGGGGUACUGUCACUUGCGUGAUCAGGAAUGUUCCGACUGGUUUGGGAGAGCCGUGCUUUGAUAAGAUAGAGGCAAUGCUUGCACAUGCCAUGCUCAGUAUCCCUGCUACCAAGGGCUUUGAGGUUGGUUCUGGAUUCGGUGGCUGCGAGGUUCCCGGAUCGAUACAUAACGAUCCUUUCGUCCUCGCCCCCGAAGUACCGCCACUGGAGACGGGUGCAACGAAGAACGGCAUUCCCCGCCCUCGGCUUACGACAAAGACAAACAACUCGGGUGGCAUUCAAGGAGGAAUCACCAACGGUGCGCCCAUAUAUUUCCGGGUUGGGUUUAAGCCUCCUGCGACGAUUGGGCAAGCUCAGGAAACCGCCACCUAUGACGGUGCCGCAACUGGUGUUUUGGAAGCCAAGGGGAGACAUGAUCCAUGUGUUGUUCCGCGGGCGGUGCCAAUUGUCGAAGCCAUGGCUGCUUUGGUCGUUAUCGAUGCAUUGAUGGCUCAACAGUCGAGGCAGCAAACUAGGAGUCUAUUGCCUCCGUUGAAGGGAUCCACGUCAAAGGAAGCGUGA